CCCCCCCCCUCCCCAUCCCUCCGAGCUGCUUAGAUAUUAUUUCCCCCCCCCUCCUUUUUUUUUCUUUCCCCUCAUUUUUUUUCCCUCCUCUGGAGGGUGUUUGCUAUUUCCGAGCUGGCUGGGAGGAUCCCAGUCGCAGCAGCCGCAGGCAGCAGCGCGGCAUCGCCGGCUAACGUCGCCACCGUGUUCUCACCAGCAUCCUCUGCCCUUGCCGCUCAGCUCAGCCCCACCGGGGCUGCCUGCCCUGCCUUGCCCUGCUGCCCUACCAGCAUCCCACCGCAUCCCGGCAGCCCCCCGGCACAGCCAGGAGCUCAGCCCCUCCAGCCAUGGAGCUGCUUUCCACCCCCAAAAAUAUCGAGAUCAACAACAUCACCUGCGAUUCUUUCCGCAUCUCCUGGGCCAUGGAGAAGGGGGACCUGGAGAGGGUCACCCACUACUUCAUCGACCUCAACAAGAAGGAGAAUAAGAACUCCAACAAGUUCAAGCAUCGGGACGUCCCCACCAAGCUGGUGGCCAAGGCGGUGCCGCUGCCCAUGACGGUGCGGGGACACUGGUUCCUGAGCCCCCGUACCGAGUACAGCGUCGCGGUGCAGACGGCCGUGAAGCAGAGUGACGGCGAGUACCUGGUGUCCGGCUGGAGCGAGACGGUGGAGUUUUGCACCGGGGACUAUGCCAAGGAGCACCUGGCCCAGCUGCAGGAGAAAGCCGAGCUCAUCGCCGGCCGCAUGCUGCGCUUCUCCGUCUUCUACCGCAACCAGCACAAGGAGUAUUUCCAGCACGUCAGGAUGCACUGCGGGAACGUGAUGAAGCCGUCGCUGAAGGACAACAGCGGCAGCCACGGCUCGCCCACCAGCGGCAUGCUGCACGGCAUCUUCUUCAGCUGCAACACCGAAUUCAACACCGGGCAGCCCCCCCAGGACUCGCCCUACGGUCGUUACCGUUUCCAGAUCCCGGCUCAGCGUCUCUUCAACCCCAACACCAACCUCUACUUCGCGGACUUCUACUGCAUGUACACCGCCUACCACUACGUCGUCCUGGUCCUGGCACCCAAGGGUUCCUCGGGGGACCUCUUCUGCCGGGAGCGUCUACCCCAACUGGACAUUUCCUCCAACAAGUUCCUGACGUGCUGCGUGGAGGAAGGCGAGCUGGUGUACCGCCAUGCCCAGGACAGCAUCCUGGAGGUCAUAUACACCGAGCCGGUGGACCUCAGCCUCGGCGUGCUGGGGGAGAUCAGCGGGCACCAGCUGAUGAGCCUCUCCACCGCCAACGCCAAAAAGGACCCCAGCUGCAAGACGUGCAACAUCAGCGUGGGGCGUUAAGGGUGGGAU